CACAAAAAGCAUCUCUCUGUUUAAAGCUCAGGCGCCAGGGAGCCGCAAGGAUCACGAAGCGCGCCAAGGCGUUCGCCACAAACGCACUCGACGCCGUCGGGCAGCCGCCGACGCACUCGACGCCGUCGGGGCAGCCACACAAACUCACAAGCACAAGGGCAGCCUCGGGGAGUAGACGGCCGCGGGUUGCGUGGUCAGAAAGAAAGCCUCCAAACAACAAGCAAUGCCCGCCUUCCUCCGCUCCACGCGCAAGGCCCUCGCGCGGGCCACGGGCCUCCACCACGUCGCGAGCCCCGAGCAGUCGCAGCGCAAGUCGACCUGGGUCAAGCCCGCGAGCCCCACCGGUGAGAUUGAGGACGACGUGGAGGAGGUCGUCGUCCGCGCCCGGAAGGCGUCGCCGAAGAAAGACCGGCGCCAGCCGUCCGGCUUCUCCGGCGUGUCGCGAUCGGUCGACGGCGCGAAGAAGGGCACCUGGACCAUCGUGCCGGCGUCGCGGUUCCGGGUCCGGGGCAAGGGCUACACGCGGACGAACCACCACCUCACGGAUCUAGAUGCGGUGCUCGCGCUCAAGGGGCCAUCAAUCGAUGCUAUUUACGACGUGACGCACGUGGACGUUGUCCAAUGCCAGAAGAAACGCCGCGACCUCGUCAAAACGACCCUGAGGCCGCCGAAACCUGCUUAUGUGUCGCCUUUGCACGGCCUCGUGCCCUCUACAUUGGUGAUUAACGCCAUCCUGCCCGCGCGGCCGCACGACAGCGACGGCCCCUGCCGCCAGGUCAUCCUGACGUGCCGUUUAACGGAGCGCUGCUGCGCCGAGCUCGCCAAGACCGCGCCGCAGAACGGCUCCGGCGAGCUCAACCUCAAAACCGCCGUCGAGCGCAUCCGGGACCCCUCCCUGCGCCUCUGGGCCGCGUGGUGCCGCGACAUUCGGACGCACCAAAAGGCUUCAGAUAGAAAUGAAAUGCGGGGCCGGUUCAAGCUCUUCGCGCGGGCGGCGGACGCCGCGACGUCGCAGAAAUGCGCCGCGAUGCUGCCGGACGACGCCAAGUCCGUCGUAUUCAACGGGGCGGCGCUGCUGGGUCGCGACGCCUGCGCCGUGACGUUCGUCUCGUCGAGGACCGCGGGCGGCGACGUCGCCGAGAUUUCCAUCGACGGCUUCCGCCUCGGCCCGCGCGUGCGGGCGGGGUUGCACGCGCUGAAAGGCGGCGUGGGGCUUGGCUCCGUGGAUAUUGGAUUUGGCAUCGAGGCGCGGGCGGAAGCUGAACUUCCCGAGCGCCUCCUCUGCUGCGCGCGACUCAAUCGGGCCGUCGGGGCGCCGGAGCGCAGCGAGGGAUGGUUCUCGGGGCUUCUUGGGUAAUACUUUGUGUGC